AAUCAGACUGUAAUGUGUGCAUGAGGCCAUCAGGCCGGACGGGGCAAUUUAGGUUACAUAUGGAUGUUGACGGCUCUUUGUGUUGGAAAUAGACUGUUCGGAAUCAACUAGAACUGUUUUUGGAGAAUAAAAUGGAGGGGUUUGAAGGGGUUAACGUCGGCGAGGGUGUUUUAGAUCUGUCCCGUUUGAAUCUGAACAAUUUGAAUUUUGAUAUGGUUAGCGAGAAACGACGGAAAGACGCGAAACAGCUUUAUGUAUGUUAUAACCGAAUCUCGCUUCUGUCCGACUCCAUUUGUUUAUUCUCUAAUCUGGAGUUUCUGGACAUCAGCAAUAACACGCUGUCGGUCAUAUGUGAGGACAUCACCCGACUGAACAAACUCAAAACACUCGUAGCCAAGAAUAACCGUUUAAAUGAGUUUUCUCUGCCUAAAGACUUCGGCUCUCUGCAGCUGGAGGUGUUGAAUCUGAGUGGAAACAGGUUUGAAGAGAUGCCGACCCAGUGUUUGCAAAUGCAGCAGCUACAGUCCCUUUCGCUCGGAGGAAACAGACUGAAAAGCAUCCCAGCAGAGAUAGACAAUCUAACCAGCCUGGAGCUAUUGUAUUUGGGCGGUAACCAGAUCUCCUCCAUCCCUGCUGAACUAGCUAACUUGACCUGCCUCAAUUACCUGGUUCUGUGUGAUAAUCGCAUCCAGAGCAUCCCACCCCAACUCAACAGGCUCCAUUCUCUGCGCUCACUUAGCCUGCAUAAUAACUUGCUGACCUAUCUUCCGAGAGAAAUCCUGAGCCUGGUGCAUCUAAAGGAGCUCAGUCUCCGCGGCAACCCCUUAGUCGUGCGCUUCGUCAAGGACAUGACAUAUGACCCCCCAUCACUACUGGAGCUGUCUGGCCGUGCCAUCAAAAGCAGGAACCUUCUGUACUCUCAUCAAGACCUCCCAAACCACCUGGUCAACUAUCUAGACAUGGCCAGCAAGUGCCCCAACCCCAAGUGUGCAGGUGUUUACUUUGACUCAUGCGUCCGUCAUAUCAAGUUUGUGGAUUUCUGCGGCAAGUAUCGCCUACCCCUGAUGCACUACCUGUGCUCCCCAGAAUGCACCUCUCCCUGCAGCUCCAAUCCUCAGAGUGACGCUGACUCGGACGAUGACCACAGUGUGCCCGCUGACCGCCUUCAAAGAGUUCUGCUGGGAUAACCUUGCUCACCCCUCACCGAUCUUGCUCUCUAAAAACAUUAUCAGCAAGAACAUUGAACUUUGCUGCCAAAUGGCUCUAAAAUCUCUCAACUUAAGCCAAAUCGUAUUGCCAAGUGAGUGAGAAUACAUCAGAAUUCUGGGAAAGACAUCUGCAGAUAGUUUUUCCAUUUUUAAAAUUUUUAACAAAUGCCUUACCUUGCGAUGGCAAAAUAAAGCUAACACUGGUAGUUCAGAAUAGUUGUUGUUUAGAAUAGUUAUAUUAACUAUAUUAACCUUUGUCAUCAAGCUGUUUAGCUCUUGCACUUUUGCAGUACAUAGAAGAAACAGUUUUUGUACACAUUUAUCUUUUGCUCUGCAAAAGAUUGCUUUGUCUCAGAGGAGAGACAGUGGAUUCAAGGAGAUAUUGUCACAUAAUGCACAAAGAUUUACUGUGAAUUCAUAAAACAAACAUUGAAAGAACUAUUGCUUUUGGGGGUUUUAAAAGGUUUAAAGGUGAAAGGAAUUGCAAACAGGUUUCCUGAACACUCCCACAGUCUUUUAUUGGUUGGACUUAGAUAAACCUGCCCCAAACGCAGGCCAUUGGUUGAGCCAGUGUUGCUGUGUCAGGCUGGUUGGGAUUCUCAAACAAACAGACAGCAUUACACUUUGGGGGGUAACCAACUUUCAAAUGCUUAGUGCUUAUCAUGUAACCUUGCUUGAAGUUGUCUCUAAAUAUUAGGCUUGGUUAGCAGAAAGUAUUUUAACAUCCAAAAACAUACACAUUUCACCUAUUAAAAAAUGUUUGCUAAAGUGUUUCUUUGUGAUGUACAGUAUUGUUGUAGCCUACAAUGUUGAGACCUCACAGGCAAACACAGCUUCUCAAAGAGUUAAUGCGCUUAUUUUUCUGCAAAACUUUAACAUAUUGCGUUUUGUUAUCAAUCUUUGUAUUGAAUAUGCUAACACUAAGGUUAUUGUCUGCUGUUUGUUAAUCUUCUCAUGCAGUCACAAACUAGAACAGCAUUUGAAUCCUGAGAUAAACCGUGACAAAGGGCAUCGAUGUCUAAACUGUAGAACUUUGUAUUGAUGGUUAAUUCUUCAUGUAGAACUCUUUUAUAUCAACUAAAAAUGUGAUAUUGUUACAGAGCCAAUAGCAAACAUUGUGAAGUGUGUGUGGCAUUUUUCUCAUGUGUUGAUUGAAUUUUAGCACUACAAGGAACAUAAGUGAUUAUUUUUUUUUAAUCAACCUUUCUUUGUUCUUGUGAAGCUUAAAAUAUUAUUCACUCACUUAAGUUUCUUCACAUUUGUCUUACACUUUAGGCUUAACCAUUGACGUAUUGACUAUGCAAAUAAUUAAUACAAACAAAUAAUUUAAAUAAUAUCUGAGGUUUUUAUACAAAAUAAUCUUUUAUGAUAUUUGUUAUAUCAGUGACAAGAUAGAAUGUAUUUUAUUUAAGAUGAUAAAGGAAGAUUUGAAUUACACUCACUCCUCUAAUGGUUUAUAAACAUGUAUUUGCACUUCUGAUGUAGAGUACCAUAAUAAAAAUAAUUUGUGUAUGA